AUGUCUUUUUCAUCUAGUCAAGAGAAAAGCCUCGGCUCACCAAGGGCAGAGGUUACUCCUGGAGGAGAUGAUAAUUUAGGUGUACCCGAAUUCUAUAUCGAUGGAAAGGUAAAUUUCGUCGGUGAACAAGGUGGAAAUGGUGCUCAGGCUACUAUCCAAGAUGUAUCUGGAGCUCCAGUAGAACGUCAGAACCCCCUUGGAUACUCUGUCGGGUGGUGA